GAAGGCAGGCUAUUGGAGCACAGCGCGGGGGUGAGGACGCCCGCCGUCAGCAUACACGCUGCCCUACUCAACCAUUAACCUGUCAUUUCAAGACAUAGCAGGCUUUUUUGAGCGCAAAAUCGAGGUGAAUAUCCAGGACGCUCUUGCUCGCCGAACUGAGGACGAUUUUUAAUUCUUAAAGAAGGGUGUCCGAGUCCGAGUCCGAGAGGGGAAGACAUGGCCACGACUACAUGUACGCGCUUCACGGACGAAUAUCAGCUGUACGAGGAGCUGGGCAAGGGAGCGUUUUCAGUGGUGCGACGAUGUGUGAAGUUGAGCACGGGCCAAGAAUACGCCGCCAAAAUCAUCAACACCAAAAAACUCUCCGCGAGAGACCAUCAGAAGCUCGAACGAGAAGCUCGAAUCUGUCGUCUACUGAAACACCCCAAUAUCGUUCGUCUGCAUGACAGUAUAUCAGAGGAGGGCUUCCACUACCUACUGUUUGAUUUGGUGACUGGAGGUGAACUGUUUGAAGACAUUGUAGCCAGAGAGUACUACAGCGAAGCAGAUGCCAGUCACUGUAUCCAUCAGAUUCUAGACAGUGUUCAUCAUAUUCACCAACAUGACAUAGUGCACAGGGACCUGAAGCCAGAGAAUCUGCUCUUGGCCAGUAAGUGCAAGAACGCCGCUGUGAAACUGGCCGACUUUGGACUGGCCAUUGAGGUGCAGGGAGACCAGCAGGCGUGGUUUGGAUUUGCAGGGACACCAGGUUACCUGUCCCCUGAGGUGCUGAGGAAGGAAGCAUAUGGCAAACCUGUGGACAUCUGGGCUUGCGGUGUGAUUUUGUACAUUCUGCUGGUUGGAUAUCCACCUUUCUGGGACGAGGAUCAGCAUAAACUUUACCAACAGAUCAAAGCAGGAGCUUAUGAUUUUCCAUCUCCAGAAUGGGACACAGUUACUCCUGAAGCCAAAAAUCUCAUCAAUCAAAUGCUAACCAUAAACCCUGCCAAGAGAAUCACCGCACAGGAAGCUCUUAAACACCCAUGGGUCUGCCAACGCUCUACUGUGGCUUCCAUGAUGCACAGACAAGAGACUGUGGAAUGCCUGAAGAAGUUCAACGCCAGGAGGAAACUCAAGGGGGCCAUCCUCACCACCAUGCUUGUGUCACGGAACUUCUCUGCAGCCAAGAGCUUGUUGAACAAAAAAGCAGACGUUAAGAAGCGGAAGUCGAGCUCUACCAUUCAGUACAUGCCCCAGACAAACAGCACCAAAAACAGCAUAGUCACCAGUCCCAAGGGAAACCUCCCCUCACCUGCACUGGAGGCACAGACCACUGUCAUCCAUAAUGCAGUGGAUGGGAUUAAGGAGUCAUCGGACAGCAGUAAUGCCACAGUGGAGGACGAGGAAAUGAAAGGAAAGCUUGUAGAUAACAGGUCAGUUCAGUCAAACCCCAGCACCCAGCCUGACUCCGCCCACACACCUCCAGGCCCCUCCCCCGCUCUCUUCACUGCCACUAAGUUCACUGAUCUAUUGGGUGUGGUACGUCGGGGCUCGGUGCCCACAUCUGAUGUUGAGGGUGGAAGCACUAUCACUCCAGCUGUAGUUUCUGCCCCCUCCACUCCCCAGACCCCCAGCAUUCCCAUACAGAUGUCACGUUUGACUGACCUAGUGAGCAGUGUGCGCAGACCUACAGCCCCUCAUACAGACAGUGAGCCAUCAGCAGCCAGCAGACCCUUUACUGCCCCAGUAUCUGCCCCAGUAUCUGCCCCAUCACACCCCUCCCCUUCCCCUGCCCAACCGUCCUCCAGCCCCCUGCCGUCAGCACAUUCACGCAAACAGGAGAUCAUCAAAAUCACUGAGCAGCUUAUUGAGGCCAUCAACAAUGGCGACUUCGAAGCCUAUGCUAAAAUCUGCGACCCUGGACUCACCUGCUUUGAACCUGAGGCCUUGGGAAACCUGGUGGAGGGGAUGGACUUCCACAGAUUUUACUUUGAGAACUUGCUGUCUAAGAACAGUAAGCCCAUCCACACCACCAUCCUCAACCCUCACGUGCACCUGAUUGGAGAGGAGGCCGCCUGCAUCGCCUACAUCCGCCUCACGCAGUAUGUGGAUGGGCAGGGCCGGCCGCGCAGCAGCCAAUCAGAAGAGACGAGGGUGUGGCAUCGUCGUGACUCCAAAUGGCAGAAUGUGCAUUUCCACUGUUCGGGAGCUCCAGCCGCCCCUCUACAGUGAAGGUUGAGCUCAUUGUAGCCACAUCUAACAAGAGCGCCCAGCCAGAAAUGGAGAGUGCAAGAGUGAAAGAGAGAGAGUGAGGGAGGGGGGAAGUUGGAGAGCGAGCCCAGUGAUGGGUGGCUGUGAGUCUGCAGCACCUGACCCUCCCACACUGGGCCCGGCCCCCUCGCCUGUCAAUCACCUCACCUGCCAAUCACUUUUGUGCAUCGUCUUUUGUCUUACCUUCAACUUUACCCCCUCCCUCCCUCCCUCCCAGACACCGUCCCUGUAUCUUUACACCCGUGCAGAGACUCCCUUUGUUGUGCACAUGUGCUGUGUGGAGUUGGACAGUCUUUGAUUAUUACGGAUAAUAAGGCCUCAGCGAGUCGUCUGUGAAAUGCCAUGCUUUCCGUCGCACCUUCCCAGUGUGAAUAAUGUUAACACUUGAUUCGCCGUCCUCACUUACAGUGUGUAGAUUUUCAAUAUUAUUGUUAUUAUUAUGAUUAAUAUUGUUCUUACUGUUGUUAUUAGUAUUAAAUACAAAGGCAGUUGUACGUGUCACUUACACAAUUCACGUUCUGGAUGCCAAUGAUUUUUAAUUUAUGCCUUUUCUUUUCCAAACAUUUUUGGAGAGCAUGAUUUUUUUCUGUACAGUAUAUCCAAAGCGGCCUCGGUGAUGUAGAGAAAUAAUGGCCGCCGUUCAUGUACAGGCUUCUCAAUGUGAUUCACAUCCAACCGUCGCGUCUGUCCAUGUGUUUAAACGUUAGUGGACAUAUGUUGGUAUGUGUGACUGUUUUGGGGCAGAUUCUACCAGAGCCUGAGUAAGAACGACGAUGUGACAUUCGGGGUCUUCCAGCUUUAAUUGUUAGUUCUCGCAUCAUUAGUGCAGAUUGGGGAAAAACUCAGAUUUUCUGUCAGUUGGCGAACUUUGUGUUGGAUGAAGAACAACUUGUUCUGGAAAGCCACAGUCGUUCUUUAUAUGUGACAGCAGUUGCAACGUUAGUAUUAGAUAUUAGUGUUGCGCUUUUUUUUUUCGUUACUUCCUCAGCUGAGCCAGUCAUGUUCGGAAAGUGCCCAUACAGUUGGACUGACUGAAUCAAACUAAAUGUGGACAUCCAAUGAUUUUAGAGUAGUUCGAAAAAAAAAAAAACUAUUGUAUCUCUACGCUAGUCAUAGUGGAGAUUUAAAAUCAUCGGAGGCCGUUAAAGAGCAGCUGAUUGGAGUAACUUGUGAAAUUCGUUCUUUUUGGAAUUUUUCGAAAUUUCUUUUGCGUUUUUUCGCUCUUAUAUUUUCGCACCAUAUGGUAUUGACUUAUCACUAUUACUCAUUCUAUUUUUGAGAGUUUAUAUAUAUUUCGUUUGUCGUCUGUGUGUGAGACUUUUAAGGAGAGUGAAAAAUUUGUUACCCUGGAUCCUUUUUAAAGUGUGUUUACCCUUUGGAUGGGCAAAGUGCAAGGUGUGUGAAAACUUUCGAAGAAAGAAGAGGUUUAAAAUCGGCAGCAAUAGUUUUAUAUUUCAGAAGAUGGUGAGAUGUAGUUUAUACGUCACACCUUGUGCAACUUUAUUCUGGUUUCAGCGUGACAUCAUCACCGGGUCAUGUGACUUAUUUUAUCGAUCUUAUAUAUUGAUUGUGUCCUCAGGUUGUAUUUAUUUAUUUGAUUAUAUUAUUGCAAGUUGUUACGUGCUUCUUAAGUUGAUGUUUGAACACACUAGCUUUGAGCCACAUCAUAUCGAUGAUGACUACUGAUCUUUUAUUGUUAUUAUUUUGAAAGAAAGUGUCCGAAGCACCCCUCAUACAGAUAAAAAGCAGUAAUCUUUUAAAAUCCAAUCAAAAUAUUUCUCUCAAACAAAGCGACCCCGCGAGGCAGGUGUUUGUGUUUGUGCUCCGGUGUUCUGCUUCUGUUACAGUUGCGUCUCAUUCUUGGAUGAUUUAUUUCAUCCAAAACUUCACCUGUGUUUAUACGAGUCAUCAGAGUUCCACGCCUGUCCGCUCCCUAAUAAAGAAAAAUAAAAAAAAAGACAAAAUCACAAAAAAAAACAGCAUGUAAAAAGUGUACUGUUCUCUAUGUGUUUAGCAACGGAAAUAAACAUGUUAACGAGUGAAAGUGCACAUCACUAUUAAAACAGGACACACAGUAUUGAAACUGCAGUUUACUUUCUUUGCAUGACAGUCACUUGAACACUAGGUUUGGUGUUAUUUAUCUUUUUGAUUUCAUUUUUUCUAUUGAAUGCUGGUCUAAACCUUUCUCUUAUCUGUUUUACCAGCUUUGUUAAGUGCAUAUAUAUAUAUAUAUAUAUAUAUAUAUAUAUAUAUAUAUAUAUAUAUAUAUAAUAUUUUUGUCCCAAAAUGAUGCUGACAAUGGCAGUGUAAAUGACGAAGACUAUAGCUACGAAACGUCGAUGAUAUUAAGAUUAUGGAAAUGGUGAUAUUUCUACGGCAUGCUUUUGUAUUAAGCUCAUUGUUGUCAAUGCAGGGUGACUGAUAUUUAUAUUAACGACUAUAAGAUUACUCAUUAGUAUGAGACUGCUUGACUUCAGAGAAGCACUUGCGAUAUUAGCUAAAUAUGCAUGGGUUUUUCAAAAUCAUUUUUAGCUAAAUUUGGAUCGGCAGUGACACAGUUCUGCUGUUUGUGCUUUGCGGAUAUUCACCAAAACUGAAUGGCCAAUAAAACCGUGGAUUGUUUCUGACUUUUAUGACUUACUUAACAAUUACAGCUCGGUAGAUCCAGAGCAUUUCUACCUGCACCAACAGCACCGUCCGUCUUUCAGCAUAGGACUGUUUCCGUUUCACUCGUCAUAUCAUUUCUCUGAUUGGAAACAGUAAUAGUUUCUCUGAAGUUGAGUUUUCUCACAGUAGCCCUCUGUUAGUUUUGUUUUUUCUGUAUAAGAUAAUAUUCUCUUUGAUUUCUGAUGAUUCUUACUCUUGUUAUUGCUCUAUUCUCAAACAUGCUGUGUAUUCCCUGACUUAAACAAAUGUGUUCAAAAGAUAUAAAUAAAUGAGAUGAUUUAAAUACUGAA